GACUGACCCGCUGUGGAGGAAUGAGUGAUGCCGGAGAGAGGAUGUACCAUCUGGAGUCUGGUGGUACUGUCGGUGUUGGAGAUGGGGCUCGGUGCAUCCAGCAUCGCCCUCGGGGUGGUCGGCAUCAUCCGAGUCCGGUCGGUUCACAAGCUGCAGCUGGGGGAUGCCUCCCCUAUAUGGAGCGGAGUGUGUGUAAGUCAAAUCAUUCACUUUUGCAGUAUUAUUAGCUCUAUGGUUAAUAGGAAUGGGAGGGUAUAACUUUUUAUUUCCCCCCAGUUUCUCAUCUGUGGACUAUGUGGGAUGGUGUGUGCAAAGAAGAGGUCAGGCUUGAUUGUAAGUUGAUUUUAAUACAAUAUAUUUAACAUGGGUACACUCUUAGAAAAAAAGGUGCUAUCUACAACCUAAAUGGGUUCUUUGGCUGUCCCCAUAGGAUAACCAUUUGAAUAACCUUUUUUGGUUUCAGGGAGAACCUUUUAGGUUCCAGGUAUAAUCCUUUCCACAGAGGGUUCUACCUGGAACCCAAAAGGAUUCUACCUGGAACCCAAAAUGUUUCUCCUAUGGGGACAGCCGAAGAACCAUUUUGGAACCCUUUUUUCGAACAUGCAGUGCAUUGUUGGGGUUAGAGCUUGCAAGGGUUAGAGCUUGCAAGAAAGGCAUUUCACUGUACUUGUGCAUGUGACAUCAAAACUCGAAACUUGAAACACCUAGGGCCGGCUCCAGGCAUAAGCGACAUAAGCGGUUGCUUAGGGCCCGAGGCCGCUGUUAUGUCAGUCACUGACAGUCACUCAAUUGGCCAUGUCAGCUAACCAUUUUUUGAUUGCUAAAUUAGUCUAGCCAGCCAUCUAAACUUGUAGUAAUCAUGGCCGAGUACCGACCAGGCAUGCAGGGCACGUGCUCAGAGGCCCUGACCUCCAGAGGGCCCCCCAUUGAUUUUGUUAGUCACUCUCAUUCAGAUAUCAUUAACAUGGCAUAAGUCUUGGCAAAAUGUGUAGAAUUGUAGGAAAUUAGCUUUAAAACUGCAAAAAUGUCUCUCCACCCCAUGGCAAAAUGUGUAGAAUUGCAGGAAAUUUGCUUUAAAACAACAACAAUUUCUCUUCACCCCAUGGCAAAAUGUGUAGUAGUAGUAGUAAUUUAGCAGACGCUCUUAUCCAGAGCCACAUACAAUUAGCACAUUCAUCUUAAGAUAGCUAGGUGGGACAACCACAUAUCUCAGUCAUAGUAAGUACAUUUAUUUUGCUGUGAUUCUAUCUCUCUCUCCCUCCCUCUCCCUCUCCCUCCCUCUCUCUCUCUCCAGAUGAUCCUGUUUUCAGCCUGCUGUAUCUGUGGGCUGAUCAGUGGGAUCCUAAACUUCCAGUUUGUGCGUGUGGUGGCAAAGCGUCCCGAUGCCCUGUCGUCCCUCUACCUGGCCAUCAUGGUGCUGGCCUGCCUGGGCAUCGGAGUGUCCAUCCUGUUUACCUGGCUCACCUGUCGUCUGGCCAGCAGCGAACAGCAGAGGAUGUACCUGGAGAGAGAGCUGUCCCUGCACCACUCCCAUGAGAUGAGUGAAAAGGUGAGCUCAGAUAAAAAAUUAAUGGAAAACUCAAUAAUGUUAUAUAAUUGGAAAUAAAAUAGUGACAUUUCAGUCAGACAGAGUGAAUGGCCUGUCAUUUCUGUCACUAUGUGUUUCUAAAGCAGUGGUUUCCCAACUCCGGUCCUCCAGUACCCCCAACGAUACACAUUAUUAUUGUAUCCCGGACAAGCACACCUGAUUCAACUUGUCAACUAAUCAUCAAGCCCUCAAUAAGUUGAAUCAGGUAUGUUUGUCCAGGGCUACAACAAAAAUGUGUACUGUUGGAGCUACUCGAGGAUCGGAGUUGAGAACCACUGUUCUAAAGAGAGAUAUGAAUGCACCACAGGAGGUUGGUGCAACCUUACUUGGGGAGGACGGGCUCAUGGUAAUGACUGGAGCAGAAUUAGUGGAAUGGUAUCAAGUACAUGGUUUCCAGGUGUUUGAUGCCAUUCCAUUUGCUCCGUUCCAGCCAUUAUUAUGAGCCGUCCUCCCCUCAGCAGCCUCCACUGGAAUGCACCUAUUUUUAGUCGCUCUUCAUAAGUGUCUGCUAACUAAAAUGACAAAAAAGUCAUAAUUGUGAACCUCAUAUAACCCCACUGUACUGUUCUUUAUUCCAGGAGUUUGCUGAGAGAUCUGAAAGAGCAGCCAGCAUCCCCCAGAUCUCCUUCAAUGGAAAGUCCUCACCUCCAUUAUCAUUAGGCUAAAGCCCAGCUGUGUUACUGUAUUCAAAGCAACUUGGAGACAAUGUUGGUUCCAUACAACCCCAACGGUUGCAGGGGACGUGAUCUCUUGCACUUAACUGAUACACAAAGGAAUCAACUUAAUCAACGGAAGUUACGGCAACGCUAUGAGAAGGCACUGUGAGAUUUGACAAUCGUCUCACCAAUGACGAUGGAGGCUGAAUGAUGCACCUGGAUAGUCCCACAUGGAAAAACAGCAGGUAAAGGGGACAAAGCUAUGGCACCUCCAAAGGCUCAAAAAGAACAACUAAAACAAUUG